AUGGGAAAUGCCUCAGACGCAUCUGAUGUUUUCGCCUCCACCAUUUCUAGAGAACACGAUGUUAUCAUGGGAUCCCUUUAUACAGUGUUCUGUGCGUUGUCUCUCGUGGGCAACGGUGUUCUUCUACUCGUCGCCUAUCGUAAAAGGCUUAGCCUCAAGCCGGCUGAGUUUUUUAUCGUCAAUCUAUCAAUCAGUGACCUUGGGAUGACCCUCUCCUUGUUUCCUUUGGCCAUACCGUCAGCUUUCUCCCAUAGGUGGCUGUUUGGGGAAGUCAUCUGUCAGGCGUACGCUCUCUGUGGCGUGUUGUUUGGUCUGUGCAGCCUCACCAACCUCACUGCCCUGUCCCUGGUGUGUUGUCUGAAAGUCUGCUUUCCUAACCACGGCAAUAAGUUCUCCUCCUCCCACGCCUGCGUCAUGGUGGGGGGGGUCUGGUCCUACGCGUCUGUGUUCGCGGUGGGGCCCCUGGCGCAGUGGGGCAACUACGCGGUCGAGCCCUACGGCACGGCGUGCUGCAUCGACUGGCGCUCGCCCAACCACAGCCUCUCCGCCCUGUCUUACAUCGUGUGCCUGUUCCUGUUCUGCUACGCCGUGCCCUGCGUGGUCAUCUUCCUCUCCUACGCCUUCAUCCUGCUGACGGUGCGCGGGUCACAGCAGGCCGUGCAGCAGCACGUGUCGCCACCGCAAUCACGAACCAGCAAUGCGCACGCGCUCAUCGUCAAGUUGUCCGUGGCGGUCUGCAUUGGCUUCCUGGGGGCCUGGACCCCCUACGCCGUGGUGUCCAUGCUGGCCGCAUUCGGCGACGCUGAUUCAAUUUCCCCCGUGGCGUUCGCCAUGGCGGCCAUACUGGCCAAGAUCUCCACCGUCUACAACCCCGUGGUCUACCUCCUGUGCAAACCCAACUUUCGUAAAUGUCUAUACAGCGACACGUCCUCGUUCCGGCAGAGGAUCUGCCGAGGCAGUCCCCAGCCGGACCAGGGGCAGCGCUUUGGGUCCCGCAUGCAGUGCCAGGACCACAAGGACGCCAGCGUCUCCACGCGCUUCUCCAACGGACAGCCGGAGAGCUACGGCGCGUGUCUGGACUACUCGGGGGACGGAUCUCCAUGUGCCCGGGCCUCGCCCCUGCCGACCGCCAGCACACUGACCCACUCCUCCCCCGGGGAGGUGGCGGUGUGUCGACUCCCAGCUCGACUGCAGGCGCACUUCCUGUAG